UUCUUCUUUUGGAGAAGUAGAAAUUGAUGAAAACAAAUUCUGUGGAGAAAUCAGAGAAACCAGGAGGCACAUUUGGGCCAUUUCAUCUUUACUCAAUUCAGAAAAGUACCAACAUGUAUACUGGAGAAAAAUUCUACAGGUGCCCCAAUGUAGGAAAGCUUUUAAUAAAAGCUCAAAACUCAUUUUACAUCAGAGAAUUCAUGUUGGAGAAAACCCUUAUGAAUGCAAUGACUGUGGGAAAGGUUUCCAUCAUAGGUCAAAACUUAGCAUACAUCAGAGGGCAUAUACUAGAAAAAAUCCUCAUCAAUGCAAUGACUGUGGGAAAAUGUUUAUUAAUGACUCAAAACUUAUUUUACAUCAGAGGAUUCAUACUGGUGAGAAGCCUUUUAAAUGUAAUGAUUGUGGGAAAGUCUUCAGUCAUAGGUCAAAACUUAUUAUACACCAGAGAAUUCAUACUGGUGAGAAGCCUUUUAAAUGUGAUGAUUGUGGGAAGGCCUUUAAUCAGAGUUCCACCCUCCUUCAACCCCAGAGAAUUCAUACUGGUGAGAAGCCUUUUAAAUGUCAUGUUUGUGGGAAGGCCUUUAAUCAGAGUUCCAACCUCAUUCAACACCAGAGAAUUCAUACUGGUGAGAAGCCAUUUAAAUGUGAUGAUUAUGGGAAGGCCUUUAAUUGGAUUUCCAACCUCCUUAAACAUCAGAGAAUUCAUACUGGUGAGAAGCCAUUUCAAUGUAGUGAUUGUGGGAAGGCCUUCAAUCAGAAUUCCAACUUCUUUAAACACCAGAGAAUUCAUACUGGUGAGAAGCCAUUUCUAUGUCUUGAUUGUUGGAAAGCCUUUAAUCAGAAUUCCCACCUCCUUCAACACCAGAUAAUUCAUACUGGUGAGAAGUCAUUUCUAUGUCAUGAUUGUGGGAAGGCCUUUAAUUGGAUUUCCAACCUCCUUCAACAUCAGAGAAUUCAUACUGGUGAGAAGCCAUUUAAAUGUAGUGAUUGUGGGAAGGCCUUUAAUCAGAAUUCCAACCUCAUUAAACACCAGAGAAUUCAUACUGGUGAGAAGCCAUUUAAAUGUAAUGAUUGUGGGAAGGCCUUUAAUCAGAGUUCAAAUUUAAUUGUCCAUCAGAGAAUUCAUACUGGAAAGAAGCCUUUUAAAUGUAAUGAUUGUGGGAAAGUCUUCAGUCAUAGGUCAAAACUUAUUAUACACCAGAGAAUUCAUACUGGUGAGAAGCCAUUUAAAUGUGAUGAUUGUGGGAAGGCCUUUAAUCAGAAUUCCCAACUCCUUAAACACCAGAGAAUUCAUACUGGUGAGAAGCCAUUUAAAUGUAAUGAUUGUGGGAAGACCUUUAAUCAGAAUUUCAACCUCUCUGUUCACCAAAGAAUUCAUACUGGUGAGAAGCCAUUUAAAUGUGAUGAUUGUCGGAAGGCCUUUAAUCAGAGUUCCCACCUCCUUCAACACCAGAGGAUUCAUACUGGUGAGAAGCCUUUUAAAUGUCAUGAUUGUGGGAAGGCCUUUAUUCGGAGUUCCACCCUCCUUCAACACCAGAGAAUUCAUACUGAUGAGAAGCCAUUUAAAUGUGAUGAUUGUGGGAAGGCCUUUUAUCAGAAUUCCCACCUCCUUAAACACCACAGAAUUCAUACUGGUGAGAAGCCAUUUAAAUGUAAUGAUUGUGGGAAGACCUUUAAUCAGAGUUCCCACCUCCUUCAACACCAGAGAAUUCAUAUUGGUGAGAAGCCUUUUAAAUGUAAUGAUUGUGGUAAGGCCUUCAGUCAAAGUUCCCACCUCCUUCAACACCAGAGAGUUCAUACUGGUGAGAAGCCUUUUAAAUGUAAUGAUUGUGGGAAAGUCUUCAGUCAUAGGUCAAAACUUAUUAUACACCAGAGAAUUCAUACUGGUGAGAAGCCUUUUAAAUGUCAUGAUUGUGGGAAGGCCUUUAUUCGGAGUUCCAGCCUCCUUCAACACCAGAGAAUUCAUACUGAUGAGAAGCCAUUUAAAUGUGAUGAUUGUGGGAAGGCCUUUAAUCAUGAUUCCAACCUCUUUCAACACCAGAGAAUUCAUACUGGUGAGAAGCCAUUUAAAUGUGAUGAUUGUGGGAAGGCCUUUAAUCAGAAUUCCCACCUCCUUCAACACCAGAGAAUUCAUACUGGUGAGAAGCCAUUUCAAUGUCAUGAUUGUGGGAAGGCCUUUAAUCAGAGGUCCCACCUCCUUCAACAUCAGAGAAUUCAUACUGGUGAGAAGCCUUUUAAAUGUAAUGAUUGUGGUAAGGCCUUCAGUCAAAGUUCCCACCUCCUUCAACACCAGAGAGUUCAUACUGGUGAGAAGCCUUUUAAAUGUAAUGAUUGUGGUAAGGCCUUCAGUCAAAGGUCAAAACUUAUUAUACAUCAGAGAAUUCACACUGGUGAGAAGCCUUUUAAAUGUAAUGAUUGUGGGAAGGCCUUUAAUCAGAGUUCAAAUUUAAUUGUCCAUCAGAGAAUUCAU